CCUAUAUAUAUUUCUCUUCAACUUACCUAACCACAAGCCACACUCCUCUUCUCUCUUUCUCUCUCUCUCUCUCUCUCUCGCCCUCACGAUAACGUUAACAUGGAUUUUCUCUUACUCUUAUCUUCUCUCACUACUCGAACCCUAACCCAAUACUUCUCCUCCUUCCUUGCCCUUUUAUUUUUGAUUCAUCAGAUUACUUACUGGAUUAAGAAAGGCCGCGCUCCAGGGCCUGUGUUUGUGUUGCCUUUUAUUGGUAACGCUAUCCCAUUGGUUCGUAAUCCUACCAAAUUCUGGGAAGAGCAAGCUGUUAUUUCCAAACCUCUUGGCUUCUCUGCCAAUUAUCUUAUUGGUAACUUCAUGGUCUUCAUUCGUAACACUGAACUGUCUCAUCGUAUUUUCUCAAAUGUCCGUCCUGACGCUUUCAUGUUGGUGGGUCAUCCCUUUGGAAAAAAACUCUUUGGUGAACAUAAUCUGAUCUAUAUGUUUGGACAAGACCAUAAAGAUCUACGUGGUCGUAUUGCUCCUAAUUUCACCGUUAGAGCUCUCUCUACCUACACCUCGUUGCAGCAGAUUAUUAUUCUUAAACACUUGAAAAAAUGGGUUAAAUUAUCGAACUCGGAUGUGUCGCAGAAGCUCAUCACUCUCCGUCUACUUGUUCGUGAUAUGAAUCUUGAGACGUCUCAAACGGUUAUCGUCGGACCUUAUUUGAAUGAAGAAGCCAGACGCAAAUUCAACUACGAUUACAACCUUUUCAACGUCGGAACGAUGAAAUUCCCCGUGGAUCUUCCGGGUUUCGCGUUUCGAAACGCCAGGCUGGCGGUUCAGCGAUUAGUGGACACUUUGACUGUGUGUACUCGACAGAGCAAAGCAAGAAUGGCAAAAGGCGAAGAGCCAUCGUGUUUGAUUGAUUUUUGGAUGCAAGAACACAUCAAAGAGCUGGCCGCCGCAAAGGCCGCCGGUAAACCACCGCCACCGCACUCCGGAGACCACGAAAUCGCCGGCCACCUCUUUGACUUCCUCUUCGCGGCUCAAGACGCGUCAACUUCGUCACUUUUGUGGGCCGUUUCACUUCUCGACUCGCACCCCGAAGUCUUAAGCAAAGUUCGUAAUGAAGUUCUUAACUUUUGGUCACCUGAAUCGGACGAAAUGAUAACGGCCGAUCAGGUGAGAGAGAUGAAGUACACGCAAGCUGUGGCGCGUGAGGUUCUAAGGUAUAGAGCACCGGCCACAUUGGUUCCACACAUUGCUGUCAAAGACUUCCCGUUGACUGAUUCGUACACCAUCCCGAAGGGGACAAUUGUUUUCCCUUCCGUAUAUGAAUCUUCCUUCCAGGGAUUUACUGAACCGGACCGGUUCGACCCAGACCGGUUCAGUGAGGAGAGACGGGAGGAUCAGGUAUAUAAGAGGAACUUUUUGGUGUUCGGAGCCGGGGCUCAUCAAUGUGUGGGCCAGAGGUAUGCGUUGAAUCAUUUGGUGCUUUUCAUCGCGAUGUUUGCCACGUUGAUUGAUUUCAAAAGACUCAGAACCGACGGUUGCGAUGAGAUAGUGUACAAUCCGACGAUUAGUCCCAAGGACGGGUGUAAGGUUUAUCUGUUUAGGCGUUGCUCACGUUAUCCCAACCUCUCGUUCGACUGACGAAAUCACCCUUAAAAUAAGUAUUUUGGUUGGAAAGGUCGGUACGGUAUUUGGAAUUGUUUAGCACGGUGAUCGAGGGUCAAUUGGUCUUUUUCUUUUUUUUUUUUUUGGUUGAUGUAUCUAAAUUUUUUUCUGUGGGUGUGCAUAGAUUUUGAGAGACGGUUUAAAAAGAAAAAUCGGUUUGUCAGUUG